AUGAAGGUUGAAGUGGACCGUUUCCAAGAUACAAAGAGAUUUCUACAUGACUAUUACAGGGGAAUGGAAGGCAAAAUGCCAACAGAGGCCUAUCAAGAGUUUGCUAGAAUCCCAUUAUUAGAUAUUGUUAAUGUCGAGCAAUCUGUGGAUCAAAGCAAGUCAAAAAGGAUUCCCAUGGUUCCUCGUAGACCCCCUUCUCCUGAAAUAAAUGUCAUCAAGCAGAAAAGCAAAGCAAUUCAACUAAAGAGCAAUAAGGAGGAGAAUUCCUCUGAAAGUAUAAUAUUUAACUUUGGGGCAGAUGAGAAACUUAUCACUGAUACAUGGCAAGCAGCAGUAACAGCAAUAUCAAAUAUGGUAACUGCUGAAAAACAAUCAAAAGAAGCAGAGGAAGAAAAAGAACGCCAGCAGCUAGAAAAGAAAGAACAAGAACGUCAAAAACCUUCUCAGGCAGCAGGAGGCAAAGGUGGUGGAAAGGAUGCCAAAGAUGCCAAGAAACCACCUCCCAAAUCACCCACCAAAAAGAAAGGUGUUCCUUCUCCAGCACCUGUGGUUGAAGCCACUCCCAUUCCUCUAACACCAGAGGAACUAAAGAAACAAGAAUUAAAGCUUAAAAUGAAACAGGAAUAUUUUAGUGCCCUUGAAUAUGAAGAGGAAGCUGCAAAAUCUCGACUACAGCUGAUUAAGAUAAAGGCAUUAACAUUUGUUGAAGAACUAGUAAUGAAAGCAGAAGAAACUUACAAAUGUAUGGAAAAGUGGCUUGGCGCCAGGUUCCUUGCAGAAAUGUCCAGUGUUGACAAAUUAACUGAGAUUGCACGCCACCACAUUGAAUGUUCUACGAGAAUCCAAUAUGAAUUGGUUUUAGAUGAGACAGACUUCUUCAUAAGCAAUGAUGUAAAAGUAAUUCCAGAUCCUAUCCCUCCACCACGGCCUCCACCUGUAGAGACAUCUGUAAAUGGUACCCUAACUAUUUCACAACUUAGCACACUCCAUAAGCAAUUUCUACAGGUGGCACCUAAAGCCAUAAAAGCACUGAAGCAUUUUAAAGGCAAGAAUAUCCCUACUAACAAGAGCAAAGUCGGUGACGAAGGAAAAGAGAAACAGUGUUUUGAACAUCAAGCAAAGGGGAAUCGCCAGUUUCUGAAAACAUGGCUAACGAAAUACCCAUGGUUAAAGUAUGAUGAUAAAAGAGGAAUCAUGUUCUGUGCCCUGUGUCGCAAGCAUAAUGUGAACUUGGGGGAAAACAUACAUAAUUUUUGUUCUGGGACUGACAUCUUUAAGCUUGAAUUUAUAAAUGUACACCACAGCAGUGAAGCUCAUGCCUGGGCUAGUUGCAUGGAAGUUGCCAGCAGUGCUACAGGAGACCAAGCUUCUACUGAGCAGAUGUUAAAGAGCAUGAACAAAGUAACUUUAGGACGAAUAGAAAAUAUUUUUAGAACAUGCCAUGCUAUAGCCAAGUGUGGACGUCCUUUCACAGACCUUGACUGGAUGUGCAAACUGGAUGACAUGAAAGGUGUGGACAUUGGUUCUAUGUUUAGAAAUGACAAGUCAGCAAGAACAUUUAUACAUUAUAUAGCUGAAGUAGAACGUAGGGCCUUGAAAGAGAAACUCGAAAAAUGUAAGUUCUUCUCCCUUAUUAGUGAUGGAGUGGCAGACAAUGCAAUCAAAGAAGGUGCAGUUGUAUAUAUACGCUUUGCCUCUGAAGGAAAAGUCCACUGCCAGAUUGUUGGGGUUCAAUCAGUUGACAAGCCUGAUGCUUCAACUAUAAAAAAUGCCAUUGUGAAAACUUUGCAAAUAAAUCUUCAGGUCAAUCUGUCAAGUCAAGACUGGUCAAGAAAAUUGGUUGGGUUUGGGAGUGAUGGUGCAGAUGUCAUGGUAGGAGAAAACAAUGGGGUAGCUAAGCUGCUGAAGGAAAUUCAGCCUUGUGUGCAAUCUGUGCAUUGUUUUGCUCAUCGACUUGAACUGGCUUAUAAGGGAGCACUGAAAAGCAUUCAGCUAUACACCACUCUAAGUGGUCUCUUGCAAAAUAUGUAUUACUUUUAUCAUAACUCACCUCUAAAUAAGAGCAAUCUCAAAUCCACAUAUGAAACCCUUAAGCUACGUCCAGCGAUUCCCUCUCGAAUUGGAGGCACUCGAUGGCUUUCUCGCCUACAGACAGCUCUCCAGAUCCUACUUAAGGGUUACCCUGCAAUUCUCCUGCAUAUGAAUAAGUUCCAGGUGCAAGGAGACCCAAGUGCCUCAAAUCACCAAAAAGCCAAAUGCCUUCUAAAGCUUCUUCUGAAAAUGGAGGUUGUCAAGUUCUCUCACUUCUUGCUGGAUAUCAUUAAUGUUCUCAACAUUCUAUCCCGUGUUACUCAGGAUCGUAACUCUUCCAUUGCAGAUAUAUUUGCAACCAUGCAGUCGACACUGGAAACACUCCAAAUGUAUAAAACAAGAUCUGGUCCAAAGGAGCGCCUAGUUGAUGCAGUUACACACUUUCAUGGUCACCAGCUUGUAGGAAAUGAAAAUAUCUUACCAGUACGAACCAAAGUAUUAAGUAAUCUGGUGAGGAGGCUACAUGAUUGCUUUUGUGAUGCCAGCCAAGAUGUUUUGAGAGCUACCACCAUUGGAAGUUUUAAACUUUGGCCAGACAAGAUCAAACAAGAAUUUGGUGAAAGGGAGGUCUCCAUCCUAACUAAGCAUUAUGAACCAAUACUGGAAGGUGCCAAUGUAAAAGUUGAUGAGGUUGACACUGAAUGGAGCAUGCUGAAAUUAGAGCUAUAUGACAGAUUUCAGAACAUUCGGAGUUUGACAUGGGAUUCAGUGAACUCAGAUUACUCUCACAAGUAUCCUAACAUCCUGAUGCUGGUAGAUUUGAUCCUAACACUUCCUGCAAGUUCAGCUGAGGCAGAGCGUGGCUUCAGUCAAAUGAAGCUUACCAUGAUGCAACUGCACUCUAAAGGAAUGUCUGAAAGUGUGACUGAUCUCAUGAUAAUUCAGCUGAAUUCCCCAGACAUCAAAAAGUUUGACCCAGAGAAGGCUAUUCAUUUGUGGAAUAGUGCUUAGCAAAGACAUAGAAGACUACAGACUGCCUAUAUGAUAACUAAUGGAAGAUCAGAUUGCUCCUCAGACUCUGAUUUUGAUAGUCAUUAUGGGAGUGAUUAGAGUUGUUCAAAAUACCAAGUUUUCAUUUUUGUAUCUUGCAUGGAGAUUUUUGUAACAUUCCUUGAAAAUUUAGCCAAAGCAAAAAUUACACUAAGUUCACAAAAAUUUAGCAUUGCCAAGAUGGCAACUUGAUUUAAACAAGUGUCUUGAAA